GCGCCCUCACUCCCUGCCUCCCACGCGGGGGCUCCCAUUCCCGCCCCUUUGCCCGGGAUUUCGGGAAGCUGCAACUUGCUCUGGCUUCUGGGCUCCUCAGGAAGCUGAACCUGCAAACCUAGCUGAGACUGAACCUGCAACCCUGGCCAGGAUGGAAGGAGGAAGAUGGACGGUUGACCUGGUCAGGCUCUCUCCCACAUCCCUUCCCACAACCUCUGAGCAUUCCCUCCCAGGACCCUUGGAGAAAUCUGGUGAGGAAGAUGAUUGCCAGAAUUCUAUGGAGUCAUCUGUGAAAUCAUUGGGAAGAACAAAGAAACAGUUUAAAUGCCUGGAAUGUGGGAUGUGGUUUAGUCACAGUGGAAGAUUGAGGACACAUCAACAAAUUCACAUAGAGGAGAAGCCAUUUAGAUGUACUGACUAUCGAAAGACCUUCAGGGAAAAUAGAACUCUUAGAAAACACCAAGGAACUCACACAGGGGGGAAACCAUUUGAAUGUACUGAAUGUGGAAAGAGCUUCAGUGGAAGUGGACCCCUUAGAAGACACCAACGAACUCACACAGGGGAUAAACCAUUUAAAUGUAUUGAAUGUGGAAAGAGCUUCCGUCAAAGUGGAGCACUUAGAAUACACCAACGAACUCACACGGGGGAGACACCAUUUAAAUGUAUUGAAUGUGGAAAGACCUUCAGGGAAAAUAGAACUCUUAGAAAACAUCAACGAACUCACACAGGGGAGAAACCAUUUAAAUGUAUUGAAUGUGGAAUGAGCUUCAGUGUAACUGGAAACCUUAGAACACAUCAACGAACUCACACAGGGGAGAAACCAUUUAAAUGUAUUGAAUGUGGAAAGUGCUUCAGUGUAACUGGAAGCCUUAGAAAACAUCAACGAACUCACACAGGGGAGAAACCAUUUAAAUGUAUUGAAUGUGGAAUGAGCUUCAGUCAAAAUGGACACCUUAGAAGCCAUCAACUAACUCACACGGGGGAGAAACCAUUUGCAUGUAUUGAAUGUGGAAAGUGCUUCAGUGUAACUGGAAGCCUUAGAAAACAUCAACGAACUCACACAGGGGAGAAACCAUUUAAAUGUAUUGAAUGUGGAAUGAGCUUCAGUGAAAGUGGAAACCUUAGAAAACACCAACGAACUCACACGGGGGAGACACCAUUUAAAUGUAUUGAAUGUGGAAAGAGCUUCAGUCGAAAUGGAACACUUAGAAUACACCAACGAACUCACAUAGGGGAGAAACCAUUUGAAUGUAUUGAAUGUGGAAAAAGCUUCAGUACAAGUUGGAAACUUAGAAUACACCAACGAACUCACACAGGGGAGAAGCCAUUUAAAUGUAUGGAGUGUGGAAAGAGCUUCAGUCAAAAUGGACACCUUAGAAAACACCAAAAAACUCACACAGGAGAAACCAUUUAAAUUUACUGAACGUGGAAAGAAUGUGGAAAGCUUCAGUCCAUAUCGACACCUUAUAAGACACCAACUUCAGCUGCAGUAGAGCACUUAGAGUACACCAACUAAUUUAUACAGGGGAGAAACCAUUGGAACGUAUUGAAUGUGAGAUGAGCUUCAACUGGAAGGAUAAACUUACAUUACACUGGCGAACUCACACAUGGGAGAAGCUUAACUCAAUAUGAAACCUUAGGAAACUUCUGCUAACUCACAUGGGGAAAACCAGAUUUAUGAAAUGUGGAAAAGGCUUCAGAGGGAGUGGAGACCUUAAUAUUCAUAAGAUAAUUCACACAGGUGGGAAACCAUAUAAAUGUAUGGAGUUUUCCGCUCAGGUUUCCCAGAUUUCCUGGGAAGUGAAGAUGAUUGUCAAGUCUCUGGAUGUACAGAAAAUAAUUUGUGUUUGUUUUCAAUAAUAAUAAUUUUUUUUUAUUUGUACCACGACCAUCUGGCUGGAUUUCCCUAGCCAAUCUUGGUGGCUUCCAACAAAAUAUUGAAAUACAAUAGUCCUUCAGAUAUUAAAAGCUUCCCUAAACAGGACAGCCUUCAGAUGUC